AUGCUUGAAGGCCUGGCAACAUGGGUUUUAAAAUAUUAUUUAGGCAAAUAUGUAGAAAAUUUAAACACAGAUCAACUAAGCAUAGGGUUAUUAGAAGGUCAGGUAGAAUUAGAAAACCUUCCGUUAAAAAAAGAAGCAUUACGUCAAGCUGGCCUACCUAUACAAAUAAACGCUGGAUUUAUAGGAAAAGUUAAACUUCAAAUACCCAUUCGUAAUAUAAGAACUGCGCCAUGGGUGAUUCUUAUAGAAAAACUUUAUUUGGUGGCUGGUCCCAUUAAUUUAGAUGAGUGGGACGAAGAAGCUGAAAUACAAGCUUUACACGAACAAAAAAUGAAUGCAUUGGAUGCAUUAGAAGCCCAAUGGAGAGCAACUAUUGAAAAUCAGGAUCAAAGUUAUUAUGCAUCAAGUUAUUCUUCUUGGUUGAACUUUGGUACAUCCAUAAUUACCAACAUUGUAGAAAACCUACAGCUAAAUAUUACUGACGUUCACUUACGAUAUGAAGACAAUAUGUGUAUUCCUGAUCAGUGUUUUACUUUUGGUCUUGCCAUUGACAGCUUGGUCGCUCAAAGUUGCAAUGAAAAUUGGGACCCAGGUUUUGAUUCUGGUCCCAUAGGUUACAAAAUUGUUGAACUUUGUAGGUUUUCAAUUUACUGGGAUGAUAGCACACUUUCGGAUUUGAUUGCAAAAAAAGAUGAUUCAGAUUUUAUGGAAUUUAUGGGUAAAGUGGCUUAUAGAGGCAAACAUUUCGUAUUGAACCAUGUUUCUGGUAUUGCACGCAUAAAGAGGAACAGGAGUUCAGAACCUUUAAGAUCAAAAUCAACACCAAGAAUAGUUUGUGAUGUUUUGUUCAACGAAUUUCCUAUCAGAAUCAGUGAUAGGCAAUAUUCUCAAAUGAUACAUUGGUUGAGAGGAGUGGCAAUAAUUAGCACUCGAAUAAAAAAUCACAAAUUCCGUCCUCAAGUUUCGGUUUUCGAAGACCCCAGGGCAUGGUGGAAAUAUGCUUACUUAGCUGUUUUACACCAAAUCAGGCCUCAUAGAUAUUCUUUGGAUAUAUUAUUAAAAAGGAUAAAAGAUAAUGUUAGUUAUGUAAAAAUUUUCAGUAAAGUUUUAUGUUCUUCCAAUCGUUCAAAAUCUCUAACGGAAGAAGAAAGGGAAACAAUGGUUCGAAUUGAAUACGAGUUCACUUUUGACGAACUUAAAAUUUUACGAGAAAUUGCAAUGUUUCGUGCUAGUCCUCCCCCUCCUCCUCCUUCCUCUAAUUCAAAAAUAGUUGAUUCGGGGAAAAAGAAUUUUCUUUCAACGUGGUUUCCACAGUGGUGGUAUUCGACGUCUCUAACGGAUUCUCAAACCCCUGAAAUAAACACAAGGCUGACCAGUUUGGAUGAAGAUAUCAUUGAUGUUUUCGCGGGUUCUAGCGACACGACUUUCCUUAAAAGAGACGUCGUUUUCGGCCAUUUUAAUUUUUCACUGAAACAAGGAACUAUUAAUUUGUGCACUGCUAUUUUCGAACAUAAAAAAAUUCAUUUCAGAUCAAUUAUGGAACUCCAAUUUGAAAAAGUUCUCGUUGGAUUCGAAUAUCGACCCAGAACGAAUUCAUACAAAACAACAUUGUCUUUAGGAAGCAUUUAUCUCAAAGAUAGAUUGACCAAAGAAACAGUUUUUCCGAUUUCCCUGCGAUUGCUUAGCCAUGCUAUAUCGAGUCCCAGCGGUGGUACAAAAUCCGCGGAUGAAACACUUUUUCAAUUAUCUUAUGAAAUUAAACCCCUUAACAGUAAUGCUGACUAUAGAAUACUAAUGAAAACUCAAUCUCUCGACAUCGUUUACAAUCCGGAAGCGAUAAAUUGGUUAACUGAUUUUUUUACAAAACCUCUUCAUCAAACGACGAAUACAAAUUUAAGAGCAGCAGCCAGAAAGAAAUAUCAGGCGAUCAAGGCGGCCACUAAAAACGAAUUGAUUAAAAAUUGGGAAAAAAUAUUGGCCGGUGAUUUAAGUAAUAGAAAAACUUGGGAAAUAGAUUUGGACAUAUCCGCACCUCAAAUAAUAUUCGUGGAACAUUUUUGUGAUAAGAACGCUGUGAUUGUCGUUGUUGAUUUUGGUCACCUGCAUUUUAGCAAUUGUAAUAACGUUAAUCAAAAACAAUUAAUUAAGAAAGAAAGCGACGACGAAGAAGCGUACGAAACACCCUGUUCGACGCCACCCGGUAGCGGGACAAGUCCUACCUUUUUCGAACCUCAGAGCAUGAAAAGAUCAUCCCUAAAUGAAUUAAUAUUGCAUAAUAAACUCUACGACCGUUACGAAUUGGAGUUGAGCGAUAUGCAAGUUUUGGUUGGAAAAGUGAGAGAUAAUUGGAAGUAUGCUCAUUUGAAAGGAACAUCGACUCUACACGUUUUGGAUAGGUUUAAUAUAUCACUACAGGUGGAGCGAAGAAUAGUUCAUACGACGGAUCCUCAAUUUCCCAGCUUAACAUUUUUUGGUAACUUGCCUCGUCUCGUCGUGCACGUCAACGAGCAAAAAAUUUCCGCUCUAAGAGCGAUUUUGUCAAUGAUGACCGAUCAAGGACUUCCUUCUCCUCUGCGAUCAUCCGAACCUUUUGUCGAUAACGAAUCGGAGGGGAAAAAUGAAACUUGUCAGGAUGAAAAUAUUUUUGAAGAUCGCAUGAAUGAAAUAUCGAAGUUGAUUAUAAUGCAAUUCACGGUUCAGCAUUUAGCUCUCGAGGUACAAUCGAGGAAUAGAAGCAUAGCGGAAUUGCAAGUGAGCGGAGUUAGAGCUGCUUCGACCAUACGACCAUUCGAUACUUCAGUAACUCUCAGCGUGCACUCGCUGCUUUUGGUAGAUGCUUUGCAAACUUUUGGACGCGAUUUCGAAUUAUUAGUGGCAUCUCAUAAACAUGUCGUCAUUGAUAGUCUGAGUGGGAGUAUAAGAGAUAGUGAACCGACUUCUCCCAUUCCUCCGGGAUCGCCCGAACCCAUAGAAAACCUCAUAUCUCCGAACGCUUUCACCCAAGCCGUCAAUCACUUACAACAUAAAGCAUCUCCUCCACAAUUCAAUACGGGAGUAACAUCUCCUAUGUACAUGCCCUCUAACAUGGUGUCUUCACCCGUUCUCCACGCCGUUUCCCCCGUCAUACCCGAUACGGAAGCUUUAAUUAGCGUAGAAUUAACUUUUGUCAGCGGUUCUUGUCCCGGUCACGGUGGUCAACCACUUCAAAUAGCAGCCAUUCAAUUCAACAACCUCGAUAUAAUCGCAAAUCAGGAAACCAUUGUAGAAUUAAUGGGUUUCGUGAGGAGAGUGUUUCCGGCAUCGAAGACGGUGCCGAUACGUCCUUCGCCCGUGGAAAAAGAAAUUGAAAAGUCUAAAACUGAAUCGUUAUCACAUCAGAGUUUGGGCGAUGAAAAUUUUUACAGCGAACAAAUUCCGGCAAAGACAGAAGUGACUUUCGACUUUCACAGAUUGAAUGUUUUACUCCUGAGAGCCGUGGCCAAAGAUGGUUGUUUGGUGGGAAGGAAAAUUUGUACGGCUACUAUGAUGCAAGCAAAAAUAAAAGCCACAGUUGGAGAUGAAUUAACCGUGGAAGGAUCGCUUGGAGGAAUACAAAUCGUUGAUUUAACACCCGAAGGAAUGAAGCAUCAAAGAAUACUCAGCGUGGGUGCAGAUCCAUUGGGAAACGAUACAAUGGCGGAUUUGUCAGCCGGAUUGUAUUCUCUGUCUAAUUUCAACAGCGAUAAAACCGCGUUUGGUUUCAGUGUCAAAAGAUCUCUUCAAUCCGAUACUCAAAACGGUGUUGAUGUAAAAGUAAGGUUGGCAUCCGUGUGGUACACUCAUUCAUCGCUCCUCGUUAAAGAACUUCAAUCUUGCGCUACGGAUUUCAAACAAUAUUUAUCAAAUCUUGCUAGAUCCAUUAAAUCGGCAGCUACUGAAAUGGCGAUCGGUUUAGUUCACGCACGAGCUGAAGCUUUGGCUCAAAGUUUGUCAAUGUCCGGACGAUUGUCUGCUUCACUUUACGGCGGAUCAAAUUUCGACAUAAGCUCUCCGAAGAAAAGAAGAAGGAGUUUUACGCAAUCGGCGGAAACUCUCGGUAACACUCCUUACACGCCGUAUUCACCCGUGGAUGAUGACGUGUUGGACAGUAUAGAAAUUCGUUUGGAUGUCGUUUUGGAUACUCCGGUCAUAAUUUUACCCAUGUCUCCGACAAGUGAUCAAGUCUUUGUAGCUCAUCUGGGAAAAAUAACGGCAAGAAAUACUCACGUGGAAAAACCGGAUUGUUGGAGUUCGAAAAUAGAAAAAUACAAUAUCGAAAUUCGGGACAUGAAUUUAUAUUCUGUAACGAUGGCGAGCAACUUGACAAAUGUCACGUUAAAUAUGACGGGUGAUACGAUUUUGCCAAGGCCUGAAAAAAUGUACGCUUCCUGCGAUGGCAAACCAAUACUUCACAAUACAGUAAUAGAAAUAGUAACCGAAAGACAAAUAACGUCUUCUAUGAACAGAUCAUGGGAUUUCGAUUUAGAACCCGAUUGGGAAUCGAAUCAAGUACAGAUAAACGGUUGCGUCGUGGGUCCGUUAAAAGUUUCUCUCACGCGUGAACAAUACAAUCAAUUACUCGAAACGAUAAAUAAUUUAUUUAUAAAAAUUUCGGAUUCGACGGAACCGGAAGUCGCCCCACACGCUACGAAAUUAGGGGAUAUACAAGAAGAAGAUAAUGUCGAUUCCAUGUUUGGCGUUUCCACUCUUAGUUUGGAUCCGGCGUUGAGAGCGAAAAUGCUCAAUUCGACAUCGGUCGGACAUUCGUUCAAACCAUCCAUAACUAAUUCUUCUUCUUCUUCUUCCUUAGCCUUGAGAGUUACUUUCGAAUUACCAGAGUUUACGAUAGAACUUUUGGGAGAACUCGGAUGCUUGGUGGAAAAUAGUUUGGUUUCCAUUUCUUUCAGAGAUUUCAUAUUGACUUUCGAUCAAACGAAUUCUUUAAUUAAUCAUUUACAAAUGCGUUUAAAAUCUUUAGUCAUGGAAGAUUUACUAGUCGACGAAAAUUCCAAAAAUAGAUUUUUGGUCGUGUCAUCGGCUGCACCGGAAAUUCGAACUUCUCACACUCCAUUUUCUCAAUCCUGUCCCAAUUUGGCUAAUUUUCAAAACAUCGUCAUUUCUCAUAAUUCACUUCCGGAUAAACUUUACGAGCCCAUGGUGAUUUAUGAAUCUUCAUCUUCGGGUCGCAGACCUAUAUCCAUACCCAAAGUGUUGGAUAGACGUUCGAAAGAAAGUGAAUAUCCGUGCACUCCGCCACCGAGUCCGAGAAGUAGAAAAUCACCCGCGGACGAUAUGUCGAGUAAAGAAAAUUUAGUUUUUAUUAACGUGACCAUGGUGGACAAGAGUGCGGCCAAUUAUGCGACGCAGUAUGAAAGUAUGAAUCGAAUCGUGACAGUGGAUUUUAAUUGUUUGGACGUGAUCGCGAACAUCGAAUCCUGGGUCGUCGUAUUUGAUUUUUUCGGAAUCGAUAAAACUCCCUCGAAGGAAAAACUACAAACGUACGAAUCCGAACAGAAAAAUUUGACGAACGAUGAAGAUUCUUCGAAGUCGACAAACGUUAAUUCUAAACUCGAUUUGGAAGUGAGAUCUUUAACUUUGGUACUCAUUCGACCCGAGUACGAAGUAGCCAAAGCUAACAUAAGUCAUUUGUCGAUAAAAACGAGGAAUUCGGGACCGCGAUUCAUUUGGGAAGGACGUCUCGGGUCAAUGUCACUCGCGGAUUUGACACCUCACGGAAAAUUAUACCGGGAAAGAUUUUUAACAUCCGGAAAUCAAGCGUUACACGUUCACUAUGUAAGCUAUGGUAAUGAAGAAGAGUCUCGUGUCAAACGUCAAUGCGAUUCCGAAUUAAGAAUAGAAAUGAGUUCGAUAUUUUACGUUCACACGGGUCGUUUCCUCGGAGAAAUAUACGCUUAUUUCGAUAGAUUUUCACAAUUUCAAGCAUUAAUGGCCGCCAUGCGUUCAUCGGAUAGCGAAAAAGAAAAACUGAAACCUUCGUCUAGAAUGUUGCUCGAAAUCAAUGCGGGUUCGCCGGUUUUAUUACUUCCCGUGUCUUCGACGAGUCCGGAAGUUUUAGUGGUCGAUUUGGGAAAAUUGACGGUUCGAAAUAGAUUUCGAAAAGCAGGAUGCGAAGAAACGCUUCCCUUUAAUGCACCCGAAGGAACGACGACGGUAUCUUGUCUUUUGGAUGUGAUGUCAUUAGAUUUGGAAAACAUGGAUUUGUAUGCUGGAAUAAGACAUGGAAUAAGUUCGUCCGAACAAUUGGAAAAUAAGACGUUGGAAUUUGGAAGUAUAAGAAUCACCAAAGAGGGACCUUCUUUGCUCCCCGACAAAUGUCAUUUAAAACUUCAAAUCGAUCGAAAUUUGGAUACUCAUCUUUCGAGAGAAGUACCGGAUUUGAGCAUCAAAGGAACGCUGGCGAAAUUGGAAGCAUCAUUGGAUUUAUCUCAGUAUAAAUUAAUUCGCGGUCUCCUCACUUAUAACAUCGGUGAAAAUCUUCAGGAUUUAUCGUACACAUAUCAAGCCAACGAAUUUUUCGGAAACAUGUUAAAUCAAGGAAAUCAUAACGAACCGGUUUGGUUGGUUAAUAGUCUUCACCUGGAUUUGGUCAACGUGGUUGUUCAUUUAAAGCAAAAGCAUAGGGAAGGAGUGCCUUUAGCUUGCGUCAAUUUUAUACGGUCCAGACUUGUUGUUGAAACGUUCAGUGAUCGAUCCCAAGACAUCGAUUUGGUUUCGGCUGAAAUUUUAAUCACCGAUACCAGAUUCGCAGACGAGCCAAUCAAUAAAAGAUGUAAUGUGUUUACCAACAUUUUACAACCCCUGACAGAAAAAAUAGACUUAGAUGAAGGGACGGUUCAAGCGGAAGUGCAUCAUAGACGCAGAAAAAAUUAUUCGAAAGCGACAGUUUUGCUUCAUAAUAUGCGUUUGAUGGCAGUUUUGGACUGGUGGGAAAUCAUUCGAGAUUUUAUCAUGGACAAUGCAUCCGCUCCCAUCGAACAAUUUGUGACAAAAUGUCCUCCGGUCAUCGACUGCGAUACCAUUCCGUUCGAAUUUAAAUUGAACAUUACAGAUUCUGAAAUAAUUUUAGUUGAGGAUACGUCCGUUUUGGAUUCAAAUGCUAUAAUACUUAAGAGUACGACAGUCAUUUCUUAUCGUCCUAAUUUAUUGGAAAAACCCCUGUCUUGCAAUUUGAAUCGGUGUGAAGUUUUUUCCUGCAUAUUAGGAAUGGAAGAUGAAACAGCUCUCUCGAUCAUCGAUCCCGGGAUAUACGACGCCGUUUAUACAAGCGCCGAUAGAACGUUGGAAGUUCAAAUGCAACAUUUAUGCGUCCGAUUAUCAUAUCACGAUUUCAGAAUGCUUUCACAAAUGUUGAAUAGCGUACCGAAGCAAACUUAUAAAGCGAGAACUCAAGCAGCGACCGAACAGGGAAGCUAUCCGGUGAACAUAAGAAGCCAUAUUUCAAAAUUACACGCAUUGGGAUUUUCCAUUGACGACUGUACGAAAGCAUUGCAAAUGAGUUGCGGACAAUUAGACGAAGCGGCUCUUUGGCUCACUCAAAAUGCGGCUCACAUUUCAAACGAAAAAGAAUUUGCUUCCGAUUCUCGUUCGGCUGUUUCAUUUAAAACCGUCGAGGUGAAACUUUCGUGUUUAAGUAUAUGCGUUAUAGACGACUGUAGAGAUGCUGAUGUUCCAUUACUCGAGCUUUCUAUGUCUCAACUAUCGUUGAAACAGGAAAUAGACGGUCCCGGAAGUGCGAAAUUUUUAUUCACAAGUGACUACUACAAUAGGGUUUUAUCAGGAUGGGAACCAUUUAUAGAACCGUGGAGAUGUUCGGCUAGGUGGGAACAUUUGCUGACGUCUGGACUUUUGAGAAACAGGCUUCAAAUACAAAUACAUUCAGAAGAAUUACUCAGUGUAAAUAUCACAAGUACUUUAUUAGAGUUAUUUAGUAUGGUUAAAGAUAAUUGGACGGAAGAUUACUGCAAUCCUUGUCGAAACGACAAUCCCACAAAACCGAUUUCCGGGAUCGUGGCUCUUCGUCGUAGAUCACCAUUUGUGCCUUUUGCUUUAAAAAAUGAUACGGGUUCUGUUUUGUGGUUCACCGUCUUGGUCAAAACGAGCGAAAAUUUAUCCGAUGCGGUCGUUUUGGAACAAGAUAAUACCUGGAUAAAAGUUUUCCCCAACGAAACGGUACCUUUCACUUUUGGCGGUAGGGGUAAGGUGAGACAUCGCGACACGCAUACCGUACGAGUUCAUCAAUUGGCUGUUCGCGUGGACAUGUGGAAACCCGCCGCUCCGGUAUCGGUUGAUAAAGUCGGAGUGUACUUUCGACAAGCUGCUCCGAUGCCCUCCGAUAAGGUGAAUUUGCCCGCGAUGAGAUUAAUUUUUGCAAUCACGUUAGAAGGUUCGGCGAGAAAGUUAGUCACCGUUCGAUCUGGCAUAGUCAUCAAAAAUUGUUUGAGCGAGAGUGUUGAAGUCAAGUUGGAAAACACGAUCAUAAGUCCAGAUAUUUGGGAAUCGAUUAAAUGCGUUCAAAUAGUAUCGGGAGGUUCGAUAUCGGUACCCGUCAGUCAUUCUUUUGCACAAAUAUGGGUUCGACCCUUGAGCAGUCAUAAUUUAAACAGGUAUCACGGUUUCAGCAACGCGCCCUUGAAUUGGACGAAAGUGAAAACUCCAAAUGAAAUAGUUCACGAAGCGCAUCAAUGUCCGAGUAGUCGUGACAGAUCUUACCGAUUCGUCGCAUCGAUUCAACGAGAAAAUUUUCCUGGUUACCUUGUCAGCCCCUGGCCGCAGCCUGGUCACAGAAUUGUUUUGUUAAGUCCUCUCACAAUCACGAAUUUGCUUCCGUGCGAUUUGCAUUACAGCAUAAAAGAAGCGAAUGUUCGGGGGCACAUCAAACCCGGUGUCUCAGCCGCCAUUCACGAGGUGGAUUGCGAUCAUAAAUUCGAAAUUCAUUUUCACAUUGAAAAUUUUCCUAAAUACGGAGUUCUCCUCGUACCCUCUCCCGUCACGUCCGUUACUUGCCGCCUAAAACUCCACGACGAAUCCGGUCGACGAUUGGAUUUAAAUGCCGGAAUACACGUGAAUAAAAAUGCAGAGAUGAGUAUCAACAUUUGGGCACCGUAUUGGAUAAUAAACAAAACGUCGAUGCCUCUCGUGUUCAAACAAGAGGGUACGUCCAACGAAACGGCCGGACAAUUCACAGAAAACGAAAUAGCACGAGUGGUUACUCCUCUCUUGUUUUCUCUCUCGGAUCCGGAUGCCAGUCCAACGAUACAAGCUCGAGUGGGAGCACUUUGUCACCCGGAUCGAAACCCUCAGUGGUGUCAACACUUUCAUUUGCAAGUGGGAGCACAAGUGCGACAAUUGAGAGUUUCACAAAGGGAUCAUCGUCCGGAUAUCGUGUAUGCGAUCGGUAUCAAUAUACGUCCGGGAAAAGGUCGUCAUAGAAAUACGAAUAUAGUGACUCUAUCCCCGCGAUUUCAACUCCAUAAUAAAAGUUCAUACAAAUUGCAAUUCGCUCAAAAGUGUUUGGCUACCACGUUGAACGAUCCCGGAGCUGCUGCAACGUAUGCGACCGCCGUCAAAGAUUGUUCUUUGGCAUGGCAUUGGCCACGUUUAGACAAGGAAUUACUUUUGUGCAUCAGGCUACUCGAAGUGAAAAACUGUCUCUGGUCGGGAGGGUUCGGCAUAGACAAUGAAGAUUCGUUGCAUGUUAAUGUGAGGGAUAAAAAUAGUAAAAUGCAUUUCCUCCGAGUCGAAGUUGUUUUGCAAGCGGCGACAUAUUUUGUCGUUUUCACGGAUGCGGAUUCCAUGCCUCCUCCAAUCAGAAUAAAUAAUUUUUCUCAAGUUCCAAUUCAAUUUUUCCAGACGGGUACAAGCGUGGAAAGUCUUCAGUCGAUUGUUCGCCCGCAAGCAUCCGUUGAUUAUGCAUGGGACGAACCUCUCGGUCCGUCGAAUUUGACUUUAAUUGCUCCCGGGGGUGCUUCUGCUACCUACGACAUAAAUUCCACGGUUGACGAUUCGUCGAUAAGUUUAACAUACGAAAAUUUCAUAUACAUAGCGUUCACGGCAACAUUUAACAGGGCCAACAACGAUUGUUCGGAUUCUUCUCAACAGCUCGUUUUGGAUUGCGUGGAUGAAUACAGGGUGAUAUUGAGUAGGAAGCAACACGGUGCGAGGUCUCAAUUGUGGAGAAUGACGAGCGAAGGUCAACUUCAGCACGAAGGUUCAAGUCCUCCUCGGGAUCCGAGAUCAAAAGCAUCCGACUACAGCGACAAAACAUUAGUUUUGGACAUCGAAGGCACGGCACCGCAACCCAUGCAGUGCAUAGCACUCGUGUUGAGACGACGCGACAAGAGAAGGAUAUCCACGCAAAAAUGGCGAUUCACGGAAGACGGAAGACUUUGUUGCGCACAUAAAAACAUGUGCGUUCAAGCAAAAGAUGGAUUCUUCGGCCUGCGACAAGGGAAUGAAGUCGUUUUGGGACCGAGUUCUGAAAUAACAUCAAACACGUACAGCAAUAACGUACCCAUAGAACAAGCCAUAAGCAGAAUGAAAAUGAGACCAGGUUCGGGGUGUUUAUCCGUGUUCAUAUCAAGCGACGGACCGACGAGAGUCCUCAAAGUCAUCGAUCCCAUCGAUGCGAAGAUUAAUUCUAUGGUUGAAAAACAAUGGAAUUCCCUAACUUCUCCCGGCGUCAUGUUUUCCGACGUCAAUACUUGUCGAGAUUGUAACGAAUUGCAAUUGACGAUAGAUUUGAAAGCCGGAUUCGGUAUAAGCAUCGUGUCGAGGAAACCGCAAGAAGAAUUGCUUUUCCUUCACUUGAAAGGUAUCCUGCUCGAUACGGUCAAAACUCCCAGUCACGUGACGUUCGAUUGCACAAUACAAGACGUUCAAUGUGAUAAUCAACUUUUCGAACCUCAGUGCCCUGUCGUUUUGUACGUGACGAGAGGGUUGAGAGAAGACGAACCUAAGAAACAUUUGCCGGCAGUUCAAAUUUCCUCACACAUGCAAACCUCGACGAAAUCGAACGCGUAUAUAUUUGAACAUUUAAUAAUAACGGUUAAAAAUUUAUCGUUGAAAAUCGAAGAGAAACUAAUGUUAAAAUUAUACGCCAUGUUCGGUGGAAAUCCGUCGAACGUCGAAACGGAAGAUGCCGAAGAAAGCGAUUUCGAAACUCAAAGAAUGGUCAUGGAAGCCACUUCCGUUCACGCGACUCGAUAUUAUUUUGGAGUUUUGAAAUUAGAGCCGAGUACGAUCAGGCUCAGCGUUUUCACAUCCGCUAAACUUCCUCCCGUUCUUCAAUCUCUCAAACGUAAACUUCAUUUAACUCUGAUUAAAUUCGAAGAUGCGACCGUCGAACUCGAACCUUUCAUAAAAAAACAUCCUUUCGAAACGGCUCAAUUCCUUUUCAAUUCGAUAUUAAAACAUUUCAUACAAGAGCUCAAAUGGCAAGCCGCUUUCAUACUCGGUUCCGUUGAUUUUCUCGGGAGUCCUUUGGGUCUCAUGAAUGACGUCACGGAAGGAUUUUCCGGUUUGUUAAACGAGGGUAACGUCGGCGCACUGUUCAAAAACGUCGCUCACGGAUUGUCCAAUUCGACGGCAAAAGUAACGGAGUCGCUGUCGGAUGGCCUGGGACGAGUCAUUUUAGACGAUACGCACGAACAAACGAGGCAAAGGAUACGGAAAUUGCAUUCGGGUUCGAGCAGCGAACACAUCGUCGCGGGUUUGAAAGGUUUGGGUUUUGGAAUUUACGGCGGAAUGACGAGCGUUUUCACGCAGACGUACGAGGGCGCGGCUUCGGAGGGGAUACAGGGUUUGAUUGCGGGAUUCGGUAAGGGAUUGGUGGGAACGGUCACGAAACCCGUCGUCGGAAUAUUGGAUCUCGCGACGGAAACUGCGAGCGCGGUGAGAGAUUACAGUCGGAGUUCGUUGAAAUCGGCUCCACCCAGAUUUAGACUACCCAGAUGCGUUGUCGGUCCCGGAGGACUCCUCCCACAUUUUUCAGCCAAACAAAGUCAGGGACAAGAAUUCCUGUACAAAAUUAACGAAAGAAAUUAUUCCGAAUUGUUGUUGUCUUAUGAAAUACUUCGAAGCGCGAGCGAAGACCUGAGAAUUUUAAUAUCGAGCGAUUGCAUAAGAAUUUUCACCAUAACGGGUUUGGCUGUCGUACUCGAGGUAUCACUCAAUAAUUUUUAUCACAGUCAACCUCUGAGCCUGGGCGAGAAACACACCAACAACAUUCUUCAUUACAUUGAGCUCACGAUAAGAGCGGAUGUCGUGAGCGGACAGGAAACAAUAAAAAAACCUCUAGUCAGAUGCGAUACUCAAGAGAUAGCCAUUUCCGUAUCCGAAAAAAUUAAUUAUUCCAAAGCACUUUUCGAAGAAAGGAGUCAAACGGUCAUUUCAUCUCAAGACAUACCGUACGAUUGA